AUGCGGCUGCUGACCCUCGCGCUGCUGUUCUCCUGCUCCUUCGCGCGCGCCGCCUGCGACCCCAAGAUCGUGAACAUCGGCGCGGUGCUGAGCACGCGGAAGCACGAGCAGAUGUUCCGCGAGGCCGUGAACCAGGCCAACAAGCGGCACGGCUCCUGGAAGAUCCAGCUGAACGCCACGUCCGUCACGCACAAGCCCAACGCCAUCCAGAUGGCCCUGUCGGUGUGCGAGGACCUCAUCUCCAGCCAGGUCUAUGCCAUCCUGGUGAGCCACCCGCCCACGCCCAAUGACCACUUCACGCCCACCCCCGUGUCCUACACCGCCGGCUUCUACCGCAUCCCUGUCUUGGGGCUGACCACACGCAUGUCCAUCUACUCUGACAAGGUGAGCCUGACGCCUGACCAGAC